AAGAAAACCUGCUCUUACGAAAGUGAGUUUAGCCUCGGGGCAAAAUCCUUGGCAGCGGUAGCAGCAACCUUUCUUCGCCGUUCAUGGUAAUAAAUGAUCAUUUCGAGAGUGAAUAGAGCUCCCAUUUGUCUUGGAACAAGCCUUCACCGGGUACAGAGCCUCGCAUUGGCUUCGGGAAAAAAUCACAAGCCGGAUGUGGCAACACUCUUUUGAAAAGACAAAAAUCCAAACAAAAUGCUCCAAGUGGGCUUUUUCCCCCUAAAGCAAUGUCUUCUUCCGAGCCAAAAGUGUGUCAUCAUCACGAAGAAAGUGUUGGUGUUCCAAAAUUCUGAUCCCACUCUGUGACUAGUCGUGGAACCGACGGACUGGGUUGUUCCAUGGCAUCACUUGGCACCCGAAUAUCGGCUUUGGGCAUUGUGCUUGACAAGAAGAAAGAGGUUCGUUCCUCCGUUCCUUCCUUCCCGUGGAGCAAAGACUGGAGGGUGGAACACAGUGGGACAAGACCUGAAAAGGCCGGCAAAACUUGAGGAGACCGAAGGCGUCUUCGACUAAACAAAAUAUUUGAAAAGUCACAAUUUCCAGAAAUCUGGAACGCCCCAGGAGCACGACAAGUGAGUGUGGGGUAGAGGUGCUUCCAUUGAGUGAGCAGUGAUGGAACAACGGGAGCGACGGCCUUUGGUGAGACGCGAAGAGCAAAGCCCGGAUGCUCAAUCCAACUUGAGAUAUGGGCUCAUUGGAACGGUGAACUUCUACAUCAAAGAGUACCUGGAAAAGUCCCACUUCACUCAAUCACAAGAAACCUUCGUGAGGGAAUGCAACCAGCUCCAAGUUCCCAUUGACGAGGCUAUUGAGGACGAUAGUGUGGACUCUCAAGAAGAAAUCGUGUCGGAGCGAACCAUCGAGGAACUCGUGGACAUGUUUGAUAACACUUAUGAGGAUGCGUUUUUUACCAUUUGGGAUGACCCUGGAACCGUUCCUCAUGUCCAUGACACCACCUCCUACCUGAAGAUCAAUUUCCGACUUCAUAUCUACUUCUGCUGUCGGAAAAUUGCGGAGAGUUUGUCUCCUGCAUCGGAUUGUCUCCAGACCAUUCGCGACUUCUUCGAUCGCGAAGGCACCGCCCUCAGCAAUGAACAAGAGUUCAUCCAUUACUUCGCGCUUCCAUUUGUUACCAAUCCACAAGAUCAUCCCACGUUUAAGGGACUCUUUGAGUACAACAAUUGGAUGAGAUUGAGGAACGACCUUCGCACCUAUUUGAGUGAUAUCCGCUUGUCGGAACAAUUCAGUUCCAAAUUGAUGAAGCUCGUGCUCAUGAAUUCGAUUGGACCUGGGAAGGAAAUCUACCAACACUUUGUCAUGAAAGAAAACGAUGCCAUGAAGCUCAAGAAGAAGUAUUCCGUUCUUGUGGCCAAUCAUCAGCAAUUGCGCAAAGAUUAUCAGAAGCUCAUUGGUAAGUUACGCCUUUAA